CUCGUCUCUCACUGUCUCCUGGCUGCUACAUAUUCAUUCGAGUCACAGAGAGUCCUGGAACAACACACGCACUCGUUGUUGCCGGCAUCUGUGGUUGGAAGAGUCAAUCGCUUCAGCAUGCACAGGCUCGUACCGUCAGGACACGGGCUGUUUUCUCGGUUCCGAUGCUUGCCUGCCCACUCGUGGGCUGCUAAGUUCCAAUUUAGCUCUCUGUGCGCAAGCAGGGAGUUUAGGACGAUAACCGGCAGAAUCUCACACCGAGCAUAUGCCACCACCGACCUCUAUUUGACAAAAGUCGAGAAGAUUAUCCUUGACACUAUCAAGGCUACCGGUCCCAUUUCCUACUCCACCUACAUGCAACUUUGUCUUUCGCACCCUACGGAGGGUUACUACAUGAACCCAUCCAAUCCCGUCUUUGGUGCACAUGGAGACUUCGUCACCAGCCCAGAAAUUAGUCAGGUGUUCGGCGAGCUCGUUGGAAUUUGGCUGUUCAUGCAAUGGCAGCUUGCUGGGAACGCACGCAAGAUCCGCUUAAUUGAGCUCGGACCCGGGCGAGGGACGUUAAUGGACGAUAUUCUCCGCGUAUUCACGCAAUUGCCUGCAGGCCGAGAUGCCGUCCAAGAGAUACACCUCAUCGAAACGAGCCCUCCAAUGCGCCUCAGACAGGAGCAGAAGCUUGCAUCUCACGAAAAGCCGGGCAGAACGCUUGCCUGGCACGGUUCUAUUGAAGAUGUCAAGCAUGACCCGAGAGUGUUUACGCUGCUUGUAGCACACGAGUUCUUUGAUGCUCUACCAUUCCAUAUCAUCCGAAAAACACAACAGGGAUGGCAAGAGGUCCUCAUCGCGUCGACUUCCACCGCGAGCCAAACAUCUGACUCUUCAGCACCUAAUGACGUUCCACGAACCGCGGCCUGCUCUCCUACCACAUCUCCGUCGUCCAACACCUCUCCUCUUCCCCGACUCCAUCCAGUACUAUCUCCCGCUCCCACCGCAUCCUCCACACUCCUCGGUCUAUCCUCAAAACGAUUCGAACAUCUUCCGGUGGGCAGCCAAAUCGAGGUAUCCCCGACAGCAUUCAAGAUCGCUCGUGCGGUCGGCGAGCUCGUGCACCAGCCAAAGAACGAAGAGACCUUUAGAAGCUCACAAUCUGCAGGGAGCGCACUCAUUAUCGAUUACGGUGAUGAAAAGGUCUUUGGAGACUCUUUCCGGGCGUUCAAAGGUCACAAACAAGUCGAUGUAUUCCAUCACCCGGGGGAGUGCGAUAUGACCGUCAAUGUCGACUUUGCGUAUAUCAAAGAGGCAGUCGAAGGGAUAGCACUUCCCCUAGGACCGAUCUCGCAAGCCAUGUUCCUUACUCGCAUGGGCCUCUCCGCGCGCAUCGAGAAGCUGAUGCAGAAUAGUCCAUCCGCAGGACGCAAGGAAGCCAUAGCGGAAGCGGCAAGGCGAUUGGUGGAUACGAGUGGGAUGGGCAGUCAAUACCAAUUCUUGGGGCUGACAGGGCUGCGGGAGGGAUUGGCGGAGGAGGAGAGGUGGCCAUUCGUGGAACUCGAAACUGCAUUGCAUGAGAAACGUUCGUGAAGAGUGGUAUAGUCGAGUGUGUACUUCGGAAACUGUGCGUUACAAUGAGAACGCGUGCGGAUCAUAGAAAGCUUGCUAACGAUAGCAUGAAGCGUGGUUUGCAUCCGAUGGCAAGCGUGACCUUGAGUGCUUCCUGCGGCGUUUAUGGUUCUUCUCCGCGUUAUCUAAGUCACGUAUCUGACGCGAGCUGUCUGACUCCUCAUCCCUCCGCUUGCGCGAGGACUUAACAUCAGCGCCAUCUGCCAAGACGCUGACUUGCCGGGGCUUCUCCUCAUCGCGCUUGUCCUGUACGAGCCCUUUCUCCCGCUCCUGGUCGCUCCUUUUCACUCGUUCCCUUUCCUUCUCUUUCGUCCGCUUCCACAUCAGCUUCUGCAGGCACUUAUCGCACAGCACGACCUUGACAAGCGCGAACUUGCUCUCGC